UUUUACUGAUGCUGUCAAUUUUCUGAUAUUUCAAGAUGGCUGCCAGUAAUCGGAAACAUUCGAUCUUUUCCCUUAUACCAAAUGUAAAAUUUGGCCUACAACAACAACAAUACUGAAAUGGGGACAACAUCAGCAAGUCGACACAUGGUCAAGCCGAUGAGCAUAUAAGGAUACUCCGAUAUGACAUGAAAUUCAGCUAAAAAAUGGGGGUCCGGGGACUAGCCACACUGGUUGAUGACAACAAGCACAUUCUGCUAAGUGAUCACAAGCUCCACGACACUCGAGUCAUCAUAGAUGGCUCCAACCUGUACCACUUCCUGUACUACCAUUACAAGGUUCAAGUACAGUAUGGUGGCGACUACGACCACUACGCAGUCAAGUGUAAGAAGUUCUUCAAGACCCUUAAGAAGUGCAAUAUAGAGGCGUACGUUGUGUUCGACGGGGGUUAUGAUCCGGAUGAUCGAAAACUAGCCACAGUUUUGGACAGAAUGGUCAACAGGCGACAGAAAGUGGGCCAAAUCUGCGCUAGAGGUCGGGGCUGUAUCUUACCGCUGUUGGCUUACGAGACGUUCUGUCAUGUUCUUAGGGAGCUAGAUAUUCCACAUGUGUCUUGUAAGUACGAGGCAGAUAAUGAGAUCGCAGUGUUGGCCCACCGGUGGAAGUGUCCAGUCCUUAGCAAUGACAGUGAUUUCUUUGUGUACAGCAUGGAUGGCGGCUUUGUUCCCCUGGAUUACAUGAAUUUAACACUUUGUGUGUACAACAAACAAACGGAGGAGGCCUCUAUUCUAGAGAAAAGUCAUCAGUUAGUGGAUGAGGAAUGUUUGUAUAUACCUGUUAAGUAUUACCACUAUGAGAUGUUUGUUAAACACUUCAGGAAAGAUGACAGACAUGUAAUUCUUCCCCUAUUUGCGACACUAACUGGAAAUGAUUAUGUGGAUACUUCAGCCCUUGCAAAUUUUUAUUCAAGCAUUCAUGUGCCAAAGAACCCUAGUAAGAAGGGAUUUCGUUUCAAUGCCCAGACACAUAUGCUGGCUGUACUUUAUUGGUUGGACAAUAUAGAGAGUGCAGAGAAGGCCAUUCAGAUGGUUCUAGAACAUAUUGCAAGCCACAAACGAGACUCUGUCAAAGAGAUGCUUACCAAGUCAUUUGAUGGAUAUUGUUGCAUAGAGAAGUUUACAGAUUUUGAAAUUGACCAGUUUUUGACAUGCAGGAAGAAUGUUUCAGAUUCAGAUCACAGGUCAACGGAAGUCAGAGACUCUGGUGCCUGUAUUGUUCCUGAAAUGGUUGAUUUUAGUGGUUGCCGAGUUCCAGACUGGUUCACAGAGAAACUGAGACGAUGCGAAGUAACAGGUUUGUUCUUGCAGAAUGUGACUGUGAAUCAUCGCGUAAUUCUGAACUGCCAAAUCGAGGUAAUACGGGAAAAAUCAGCGUUUGCUUGUUCCCGUGAAUUGCGGAGCAUUGUUUACGGUAUUGUCAUGAAAACUAGUAAAAUGGUCACAUGUGAAAGUAAAACAACAAAUAAAGAUUUGAGAACUAAUUGUAUUGAGGAAUAUGACAGAGAGUUCACUAAUACUAAGAAAUAUUACGUAGAGCCAGUCUUUUCUGUUGUAUAUGGUGGGAUUGAGAAAGCCUUGCCUUCCUUAGAAGAAGUGCCAACCUCAAGAAUUGAAGAGUGUAAAGCGAUCCUCAUGGCUGCCCUCAAAGUUGGACCUGAUUUUGGAAUCAUAAAAAAUAAUUCAACACAAUUUAUCCUUGGUGUUUUAUCAUACUGGGUGAGAAAUGCAGAACCAAAGGUCACAGAAAGUCACCUGUCAUCCGUAAUCCUGGGAAUGAUCAUGAUCCAUAUUCGUGCUCUGAAAUGGUUGAACAACGGUCACCACAUGGGCGGGGAACCAGUCGUGCCUGAAUUGCUCGCUGAUGUUGUGGAGGCUGUCCAAGGAUCAUCUGAGCAGGCUGUGGACAAGUUCAUGAAGCAUUUGGAGAAGCACAUGAGCAAAUCAGAGCAGUCAUCAAAGCAUCUGCAUGAUGUUAGGCUGAUUCACGGCCUGUCACAGCUUCAAAGCUGCUUGGUAGAUGCCCUGUAUCUAAAUCAGGUCCUACUUCUGCCAGUAUCAGUACCAAGUCCUGGGGCGCUAUUGAACUGUUCUUUUGUAUGCAACAUGGUACGUGACCUUGAAAGCAGACGCAAGCCCGACUGCUACCUUGAAGAAAUGCUCACUAAAAAUUCGCCACUGCACAGUCUUUUUGCCCUGUGGAAGGGAGCGGUUGUUACUUGUUGCAAGUCAAAAGUAAAUGAUAUCCACCAAUUUUCAUUUGAUGUUAAAAUUGCUGAAUGUGUGCAAUCAAAAAAGAAAGGUAAAAAGUGCAAAAAGGCAAAAAAGGAGAAAACUAGAAUGGAUGAUGGUGAUGUGGAAAUGCAUACAAGUGAAGACACACUUUUCAAGAAAGAUGUUUCAGAUGUUUUGGUGAACUGUGAUGUUAACAACAAAUUUGCAAUGCUGGACAUUAUCAGUUGAUUAUUGUUCGUUAGUAGUAUUUUUAAAAUAGGGAUUUUAGUUUGUUGUGUGUACCAUAAACCUGUAAACUUUAUAUCUAUGUAUAUUUACCUUGAAGUAUCUUAAUAUGAAUAAAUGCAAACUUACCAA